AGAUACUACAAUUACCAUUAUCCAGACGCUCAAACUUAGCCAUAUACGGCUACAUUCCGAUUUCUGAACCUCUCGCUCCGUAUCAUCGGAGGACCCAAGGAAUGUUUCCAUCCUCCUGCAGAUCACUCCCAAUAUUCUCUAUUUUCUACUCUUCCCGCCUACAAACUCCUCCAUCAAAUCACCACUUAAAAAGCCUCAAAGGCAAAACCUGAGCGCUCCCUCCUCGGAUGAUCAGCAGUUUUGUCGUCUUUUUUCAUUCCGUCGUCCUAUCGUCCAGCGACCCAACAAAGCACGGCAUUAUCGCCCCUAGCUACUAAGCACACACUUAAAUCGAGGCAUGGAAACUAUGGCAAUUUCUUUCGCUUCAGUUCUUCCGCUAUUUCUAUUGAUCUUCCUUUCAUCAUCAUAUACCUUCCUUGGAAGCCCUCCGUUUACUGCUGCCUUCCUAUUUUAAGCCUUUGUCUUCGCAAACCAGUGCGUCAAGUGACGGAUGAAAAAAACGGAGACCUUUGUUGUCCUAUUCUAGGAUCGUCGGAGUCGAAGACCACUACUAAGCUUCUUUGGCUUUAUUACCUCCCACCGAAGAAGAGGACUAUUAUGGAUCGGCUCCACUACUCUUCGUCCUACUUGUUUACAAAUUCAAAACCCUCGGGUGAUCUGUUUUUUGUCCUUAUCCUUAUAUAUGAUUACUGAUCUUUCCCGAGCUCAAGCACUUACAAAUCUGGACCUACAUCAUAAUAUCAAAUUCCAUGUGUCAAGCAUAUUAGCAUAAAACAUUGGCGCAUCAGACUUGUUUCGAAGUCACCUGCUUGUUACUUAGCGACGGAACCGUACUACACCUUCAUUCCCAAAAAGUGAAAACGAGUUCAAAUAAACUUGAACCAAAAGGCCGAUUACUCAAGGUGCUCUACUGAUGGCCACGCCACCGGUCUUCAGCAGUACAAUAAUAUGCCAAGUAAGUAUCCGGCCUCGCCGCGAUAUGCAAAACCAACCAAAAUACCUGGGGCGUUCAACAAAGGUGUCAUAACAGGAGCUGGACACUCCAGUAUAUACCUCACUCCUGUUCAAGAGGAGAGGAUUCUUAACUGGAGGGAGGCUUCAACAUCGUCGCAACCUCGGCGGCCAAAUGUCAGAUCUGCGCCAGCUUCGGUCCGUUUGCCAUCCAAUAGCAGCAUCUGUACCUGCACUUGUACCGAUUGCCAAGGAAAUCCAAGUCCCAUAAUGUCAUGUUGCUGCUCUGGUCAUUCGCCAAAAUCCAAAACCAGUCGCCAAUCGAAGAAAGACAAGGGUCCAAAUUCUCAUGUGAAAAGCUACUACUCGAGGAACACAGCCCCCGAGUCCUCCAACAUGACGCCCACGUUACCAACCAUGAUGACAGUCAGGCCGAAGACAGUACCGAUAGGGAGGCAGCCUCCUAAAAUUAAGGCUAAUAAGACCUGGGCUGCCUCUCGCCCAACAUACGAGCAGACUUCUCCACUUACGGCAGGACCACCACAAUGGACAGCCCCUGGUGAUUCACCAAUGGAUAUUACCCCUUUAAAUACAGAAAUUCCAAUGUUCCGGAUUGCAGGCUCAAGAGACCCUAUAUCGCAGAGCUACUGGAAACGAAUGUUUCCCCCUGCUGCAAUGCCUACUGCGAUGCCUGCAUUUGGGUUGCUUCCACCUCAAUUAUUUGGCAUGCCAUCCAGAAAACCAUAACAAGCUCAACCCACGCGAGUCAAAAUUGGAAGCCGUUGACCGUUGUCUAUCCAACUGGGGUUGAUGUCUAAAGAGACGCCGAGAGAAUGGUGGAAAACACUUUGGAUUUUACGAGCUUGGAUGCUGAGGCUAAGGAAGAAAAUGGGUAUUAGAGUCAUAUUUGCGCAUUUGCAUUUGGGGCUGCGGCCACACCCAAGAGAACCGCAGACUGUGUGAAAUGGAAGGAAAUCUAGGUCAAACGAAACCAAUUAUAAAAUGACGAAUGUUUUCGGUAAUAUUAUCACGAACGAGUGAAAAAGGAAGCAUUGGAUUUGCGCUCGUACAUCAGAUAUAACUUAAUUACUAGGCGCUGAUCGCGGGUUUCGCAUCUCUCGUACAAGGCACUCAAACUUCAAUGGCUAUUAGUGACUUCUAUAUUCAUCUGGAACUACAAUAUUCGAAGAUGACCCAUCACAUCGUAAUAACCCUCAUGCAUCUUCGAGCAUUUGAUGUUCCCUCCCUUGUGUCUCCCCAUCCCCUUGAUGGACAGUGCCAUAAGAUACUUCCCUUUCCUCCUCCUCCUCACUGGCAUGAGUCUCUUCAUCUCCGAUCUCACUUGAACUUUCCUCAAGACCUUCUUCAGUUUCAUCAUCGAUGAAGGCGUCAGAGAUGGCAUUUCUGCCCUUUUUUGAGUUGAGAUGUUCCCCACGGGAGGAAGGAUACCUUGCUCUGCGCCAGGCUGCAUUCUUUCUUUUCCUCCUAUCUUCUCUGAUUUGGCGAUGAAGAUUGAUAUAUUCUAGCAUAUAAUAUAUCAGCAAUCAAGAGUCGCAGCACGCUGAAGAGCUCACCUUGUUCAGUCUCACUAGGCUUCUCAGCAUCUCCGUUCCAAGAUCCAUUCUUAUCAUCUGGCUCAUAUUCCACAUCAUUCGAGUCCAAGGCCUCCCAAAGGCUGUCUUCGUAUAAACGAUCGUGUUCCAUGUCAACCUUAUGAAGCAUGUCAUGUAAUAUCGCAUCUUCUUCAUCCUCCGCGUCGCUUUCUGACUCGGAACAUAAGAUGGAGGGGGUGGCAUCAAGAGAAUGGGGUUCGGGUAUCGUUGGAUGAUGGUUGUAGAAGGAGGAAAGUGCUCUCCAGGGGAUAUCAUUUGGGGGGAAAAGUUCGCGGGAUAGGUUAUUCCAGCAAGUGUAUUCGGAACCAUAUUCAAUAACCGAUGUCCCCUUAUUUCUGCCUUCUGGUGACCUUCGUUGCUCAUGAUCCUCAGCAACUUCUGCAGGGCUGCUGUGGACGUCUGUCAUGCUAGUUUUCGUAUCUUGGAAUGAAA